CGCAUUGUUGUUAAUAAAGUUUUUGAAAGCAGUGGUCGGGCAUACGUAUUAAAUUUGUACAGGUUGAGAACACUGGUAUUUUAUUGUAGAACUUCGUAAGCAGCUCAAACCGCCGUGUAUUCUGUAUAUAUAUAUAUAUAUUUCUUUUUUCUGAUCUCGUUGAAAAAUAAGACAAUGGCUGAAAGCGACUGGGAUACCGUGACUGUCCUGAGAAAGAAGGGACCGAGUGCAGCACAGUCGAAAUCCAAACAGGCCAUAGUGACAGCGCAGAGACGUGGAGAAGAGGUCGAAACUUCAAAGAAAUGGGCCGCGGGUCAGAACAAGCAGCACCUGGUGACCAAGAACACGGCAAAGCUGGACCGCGAGACCGAGGAGCUACAUCACCACCGCGUCAGCCUGGAGGUGGGGAAGGUCAUCCAGCUGGGUCGCCAGAACAAGGGCCUGACGCAGAAGGACCUGGCAACCAAAAUCAACGAGAAGCCCCAGGUCAUCGGAGACUAUGAAUGCGGGAAGGCCAUUCCCAACAAUCAGGUCAUGGGCAAGAUUGAGAGAGCUAUUGGGCUGAAGCUGCGGGGGAAGGAUAUUGGCCUACCCCUCGAACCCAAGAAUAAGUGAAGACAAAGCCUCGAAGUCAGCCCUCCCCCUCUCUCGCCCUCCCCCUCUCUCACCCCCCUCCCCCUCCCCCUCUCUCACCCCCCUCCCCCACUACCUGGGCUGAUUCACCUGGAUCCCUCUGGGGUCCAGGUAUCCCAUCAUAUGCCAAGCUUAAUAAUGAGGAGCUUACACUGCAGAACCAAAUCCCAAAGUGCUGUCAUUGAUUUAUUUUUCUUUUUGCAUGCAACUAUCUUUAUUGAGCAAUUGAAAUGUAACGCAUCAUCUGUGUCCUGUACAAAUCCGGCAUAUUCACUUUGAAAGUGCUGUCAGUUUCAUAACUCAGCAACUGAUACGUUUGGUUAAAUACCCCAAAUGGUUAAACCGUUAUGCACAUCGCUAAUGGAAAAUGCAAGCAGUUUAUUUUGUGAUGUUCCUGCAAAAGAAUUUUUUUUUUUUUUUUUUUUUUUUUUUUUUUUUUAUAUGUUGGGGGUUUAUGCUGGACACAGACAUUGCUUCUUUCCAUGCAGCGGUCGGGGCGUGACGUGUCUUGUCCAGAACAUCAUGCUCCGUGCUCACUGAUUCAACAGCAUUGGGCUCAGCCUGUUCAGCAAGGCCCCAGUAUGUAUUGCAGUUGGACCUUUAUUUCGAUCUUAUAAUAAAGAUGAAAAUGCA